UUUAAGUUUAUUGGAAUUCUUUAAGUAAAAGGAAUGAUUACGCCAUUAAAAUGGUCAGAUUUUAUUGAAUCAGACAACUAUGGAGCAUGUAUUAGGACGUCUAUUCCAUUAAAUUUGACAUUAGAUGGAGGGUUUUUGACAACAAAUAACUUCUAUCAAAUUCCUCAAGAUUAUAAGUAUGUAAUAGUUCAUCAGCUUAUGUUUGAAGGGAAAAUGGCGCCAUUUUAUAGGGGGUUGACAGAAUUUAAUCCAUUAUGGUCGGAUAAGAAGCUUCUGGAAGUAGUUCGUCAACAUCUUGUUAUUCCGUUUAAGGAUACGGUACCUUUAUUUACUAAAGAUUUCCCAGGCGGAUUUUAUAUGAAAUAUAUUUCAAAUAUUGAAUCGGAUAUAUAUAAGUUAUUUGAGCCACAUACGUUUCGUUUUAGGUCUAUUGUUUCGUUGUUUCGACGUUUUAUAUCAGCAUGUAGAUUUUUUAAAUGCCCAUUGGAAGUAUCUUUAUAUCGUAAAAGCGAGGAAUGUUUUUUAUGUUUUUUAUAUUAUCCAAAAGUCAAUUAUACUCGAUGUUGUAAUAAGCCUAUUUGUUCAGAAUGUUUUGUUCAAAUCAGACAUUUGGAUUCAUAUCCCACAUCUGAUAAGGAAAAUGGAUUUGAAAAUACCUUUACUUUAAACAACGAACUUAUUUUUUGCCCAUUUUGUUCGGAGAAGAAUUUUGGAAUUAUUUAUAUUUCAUCAGUGCAAAAACAUAAUACUAAGUUCUUUACUCUUCCAUCUCUUUCUAAUUACAGAAAGUUGAAUAAUAAAUCUCAGAAAUGUUUCUCAGAACCUCCAUAUGUUGUUACUUCAGAUAUGAUCAGGCCUCAUUGGUUAUAUCAACUUAUUAAUACUCAACAAGAAGUAAAUCAAGAUGCAUUGGAUGGUGAUCAGUCAAAUAAUUUAACUUUAAAUAAUAAACAUGAAACAUCAAAUUCAGUAGAAAACGAGCGGCAGGGGAUGCCAUCACCCCAAGAAAAUGAUGGAUAUGAAUCUACAUAUUUUAAAAUGCAAGGUAGUAUCUUGUUUAAAAGCGUACGAUUAAAUUUAAAAAAUGCAACUUAUGCUAAUUAUGUUGCUGCAAUACGUGAAAAAGAGUUAGCUACUGGUCAAUGCAUAAACCGCCCUAUUAUAACACUUUAUGAUGGUACUAUUCUAAGUUUGACAGACUUUGUGCAACAUAAAAAUGCAUUUGAUUCUAUUGUAAUAUCUAGUUCUUCUCUAAAAAUUAAAAACUGAGAUUUGGUUUUAUUAUUAUAUUCACGACUAAUAGAUAAACACGAAGUUAUUAAGAAAUUUUUUAAUAAUUAUAUAUUAUAAUUUUUUA